AUGGACCCGUCUAUCAUGAAGCUUCUAGAAGAUGACGAGGAUGAAACUAUGCAUUCAGGGGUGGAUGUGGAAGCCUUCCAGGCUGCUCUAAAUAGAGAUAUAGGAGGAGAUGUGUCUGCUUCUCAGUUUUCUGGUUCAGAUGCAGUGUUGUCUCAAGGAAGCAAUAACACAUCAAGUCAAUCUAUAUCACAGUGGCCUACUUCUAACCAUGACAACCAAACCGACUGUCAAAAUCAAGAACCUAAAACUGCACAACAAGAGCAACAUUCAUCUGAGAUGGAGCUGAAGCAACAUGGAUCACUUGGUGAACACCUACAGCAUGUUGCUUCUCAGGACGUAAAUAAUUCUCAUUCAUCCCAGAAACAAUCUCAAGAUGAAUGUCACCAAGCACCAGCUGUACAAGUUCCCCUCCAUAAUUCUCAACCUAUCGGAAUUCAGAAUUCUGGAAAGGUACCAGUCCUUAAUAAUGAAGUAGUAAAGAGUCAUAACCCCAGCAGUGAAUCCCAGUAUGCAAAGUUGCAGCAGAUGAGUAAUCAGCAGGCUACAGUCUCUGAGCAGCCAAGUAGCCAAGGAAAUCGUAGUAAACAAGUACCAUUUGGCCUGUUGCUACCCAUCUUACUUCCUCAACUUGCCAAAGACAGAGCCAUGCAACUUCAAACGUUAUUUGCUAAAUUGAAGAAAGAUGAAAUACCGAAAGACAGCUUUGUGCGGCUUAUGAAAGGUAUCGUAGGGGACCAGAUGCUUAGAUUAGCAUUAGCAGAAGUACAAAUGCAACCACAGGCAAGGCCCAAUCAAGCAUCUGCUGGGCAGCAGCUCCCUCUAAGGAUGUCAACUGUUAGUUCAGGUGCAAGGCAAUUGAAUGAUCCCCAUGCUUUAGCACAGAUGCAUCAAAGAAGUAUGAAUGUUGCUGUUGACCAAUCUCGCAUGAGUUCUUCAGCUGGUCAAACUACAGAGAGCAAUGCUAGAAAGCCUCAGGAAUUCGAUGUUAAAAUAGAAUCUCAAGGAUUGCAAUCAAAUCAGUUGACAUCUUCCAGUUCCAACACAGUUGGUCAAGAAGCAGAAAGAACAUCAGUUCAUAUACAAGGGCUUAAUAAACAGCGGCAACACCAUCUACAUUUUGCAUCCGCAUAUGGAAACAGUGGUGGUAACUAUAACCCUUUUUCUGGGACAACAAGUAGUUCCACAUCAUCUAUCAAACAGCAAACGCAUGAAUCACAUAAUCAAAUUCCUCAUCAAAACAUUGGUUCAAAUCAUUUAGGUGGGUCAGCACAUGGUUUGAGUUUAAUUGGUGUGCCAAAACUUGAACAGCAGAAUUCUUUCAAUGAUCCCAAAAGACUGCCAGGUGGAUCUGUUUCUCCUGCUGUAAACAAUACAGCAUCUCAGCAAACGUCAAAUGCUUGGCAACCAUCUACAAACAAAGAACAAAAUCUGGGCUUAAUGUCAUCUGUUUCUUAUGUCAAAAAGGAACCUACUGACUUGUCUACUGAGCAGCAAAAUAGGCAUAAUUUGUCUAAAUUGCAUGGGUAUUCUUCUGUUAAUUCUGCUCAGCUUGAACAGAGUGGUGCUACUCAAGGAACUCUAAAAGAUGAAUUUUCGAGAGGUCUUCCAGCAUCCACAAGCAUGCCACCUACAACAUCUACUGGCUUGCUAGCACAUGGUUCUGCUUCCUCUUCUGUAAUCACCCACCUAGACUCCAGUGUCUCGAUCCAAUCAAAUGCUUCUGGAAUUGUUGCAAGGACACCUCUUAAAAAGUCUGCUGUUACCCAAAAGAAACCACUUGAAGCACUUGGUUCCUCACCUCCUCCUCCUAGUAAAAAACAAAAAACUUCUGGGGGAUACGUGGAACAAAGCAUUGAACAACUUAAUGAUGUUACUGCUGUUAGUGGAGUUGACCUCAGGGAAGAGGAAGAACAGUUAUUUUCAGGGCCCAAAGAGGAUAGUCGAGUGUCAGAAGCUUCUCGAAAGGCUGUGCAAGAAGAAGAGGAAAGGCUGAUCUUGCAGAAAGCUCUAUUGCAAAAAAAAUUAAUUGACAUCAUGUCCAAGUGUGGCUUGAAGGGUAUGGGCAAUGAUGUGGAGAAAUGCUUGUCACUGAGUGUGGAGGAAAGGAUGCGUGGACUGAUAAGUAACCUGAUUAGAAUAUCAAAGCAGAGGGUUGAUUUUGAGAAAACAAGACAUCGGACUGUUGUCACUUCUGAUGUUCGGCAGCAAAUCAUGACAAUAAAUAGAAAAGUAAGGGAAGAGUGGGAGAAAAAACAGGCAGAAGCAGAGAAGCUUCGGAGACUAAAUGAUGUUGACAGCAAUACUGGUGUUGAUGGUGACAAGGAGAGGGAUGAUGGCCGUGCUAAAUCAACAAAGGUGAACAAGGAAGAGGAUGACAAGAUGAGGACAAAUGCUGCAAAUGUUGCUGCUCGUGCUGCUUAUGGGGGAGAUGACAUGCUGUCAAAGUGGCAACUUAUGGCUGAGCAAGCCAAGCAGAAACGUGAAGGGGGAGUGGACGGGUCAUCUGGUUCUCAACCAGCUAAAGAUGUGAAUCGCAAAUCUUCAUCAACAUCUGAAAGAAGUACAAAGGAAAACCAAGAAGGGGAGAAAAGAGGUUCAACCCCUUUUAUAGCAAGUUCAGUGGCCAGAAAACUUGGAAAGAGUCAUGCCAUGGCCCCUCAAACUAGGGUAGCUCGAAGCAUCUCUGUCAAGGAUGUGAUAGCAGUCCUGGAGAGGGAGCCCCAGAUGUCUAAAUCUCCACUCAUACAUCGUUUGUACGAGAAAAUUCACUCUGAUGCCCCAGUUGAACAAGCGUUCUGUGAUAUUUCCACUAGAAAGAUCCAAAAGGAGAAAAUUGUCAUGGAGCUUCUAACCGUCGUGGAUGAUUUUUUUGUCACGGCGUCUCUGGCGCUUCUUCUCAGUUUCAUCGUCUUCAAGCUCGUCGAGGCCAUCAACGACACUCACGCCACUCCAAAACAUCACGUCGGUCCCGAAUCGGUUCCUCCGGUUUCUCAUGCGGAACGCUUCAUGGUUCAGCCCGCUCAAAGCAAGAGCAAGGUCGGUUUUAUAAGUCCGGUUCACGCUGUAUCCGACAAGAUAGAAAAGGCCACGGUCGAACCGGUUCCUCGUGGGAAACUGUUGACGGUUCAGCCGGCUCAGUGUAAGAGUGUAGAUAUCGAAUGUGAAGGGCCUGCGGUCGAACCGGUUCGACCGGCUCAUCCAGCUGAGAUCAAGGACAAUAUCUGUUUUAUUAGUCCGGUUCAAGGUGCCACGUGUGCAGUUAUUGAACACAUAGAAGAGGCUAUGGUCGAACCGGUUCCUUCAACUGACAGCAGGAUUUUAAGUGCGGUUCAAGCUGCCACGUGUGUAGGAAGCGAACACAAGAUAGAAGAGGCUAUGGUGGAAUCCGAUUCCAACGUUAUUCUCCAGUCUCCGGUGAAAUCACGCACAGACAUUGCCGUUAAAGAGGAAAUCGCUGAGGCCAAUGACGAAACAACACAAGAGCUUGAUGGGAAGAGGGAAGUGGAAAUUCUUGAAGAUCCUUUUUGCACUGAAAUUGAAGUUUCUGUUGUAGAAAACGGCGUAAAAGAGAAUGAUUACAAUGGCGAUGAUGAUUGGGAAGGGAUUAAUUGGAGCGAGUUGGAGAAAGAGUUUAUGGCGGCUACGGAAUUUGUUACUAACGAGGGUGGUCGAUUGGAGAGUGUUGGAAGCAACGUGAAAAUGGAGUUGUAUGGGCUUCACAAGGUUGCGACUGAAGGGCCUUGCCGUGAACCUCAGCCAAUGCCUCUCAAGCUCUCCGCACGUGCCAAGUGGAAUGCUUGGCAAAAGAUGGGGAACAUGAAUCCAGAGGUCGCAAUGGAGCAGUAUAUAAGCCUUCUUUCGGAUAAAUUUCCUGAAUGGAUGAAAGAUACUACAACUGGAAUGAGUGAACAUGAACCCACAAAGGCUGAAGUUUCUGAGUCUGCUGCUUCUGAUUUGAUCACAACUUUGUCUUAUCAACAAAGGAUCUUUAGUGAUAGUGAACUUGAACAAUCUUCUGAUUCGAAGAAGCGUAGCCCUCUUUCAGAGUCAGAUUUAAAGAACAAUGAGACUGUUUUCACAUGGACUAAGGUAAGAAAGUGGUGGCGAAGGAGCCUCAUGUGGAAGGUCGGGGAGAAUGAGGUGGAGAAGGCAGCUUGA